AUGGCCAAGGACAAGAUAGCGGAGGCGCAGGAUGCCAUCCGAGAAAAGAACGCCCUGCUAUUGCAGAAGGCAGUACUAGCCAGAGAGGUGGAGGAGCUGAAGCGGUUGAAGGCCGAAGAGGUGGCUGCUGCCCGGGCCGAAGUGGAGCAGAAGAAGGCCAAAGAUAUAGCUGCUGCCUGA